AUGGGAAUAUCCCAGAGUCAAACCUCCCCAGAUUGCAACGCUUUCAUUCAGGAGAAGAUAAAUGCAAAGAAGGUUGUCAUGUUCGUUAAACCGUACUGCCCAUACUGCAAGACCGCGGUGAGCAUUUUUCGUGGCUUCAUUGGGACCUCUAUCACGGAAAGUGAUAUGGACGUGGUGGACAUCAGCACCAAUCCCAGGUGCUCCGAAAUUCAGGAUGCACUCAAGGCAUUGACAGGCGCUCGAACGGUAGGUAAACAUAUUUGUUAAUGAACACUUAUCCUACUAGGUCCCCAGGAUAUUCAUUAACGGAAAAUCACUGGGCGGCUGCGAUGAUGCGCAAAGGGCUCAGAAGACCGGAGAACUAUAUAAACUUCUGGAAUCUUAG